AUGGCUGAACGAACCAAGAGUGGUAAUGCCGACCCUCCAACAGGGCUGUACUUCUUCUAUGGCACCUUGAUGGACCCAACGCUUCUAGUCCAGCUCCUCCACCUGGACAAACAGCCAGAACUACGCCCUGCGUCGAUAAAGGGCUACAAGUUCAAGCUCUGGGGACCGUACCCGGCUCUUCUAGACGACAAGCACGACGAUUCAGCAGUGAUUGAAGGCGCUGUGUACAACGUCGAGUCGGUCGAGCAUGCUCAUGCCUUGGCAAACUAUGAGACGAAGAACUACACGACAGGAAGCACGACGGCGUACUACGCUGACGGACAGCAGCCGGAGACCGACCAGGUUACCAUCUAUGUAUUUGCGGGCAACCGGCGGGACCUAGAGGACGGAGAGUUCAAUUUGGAGAGAUGGAUGAGGAUGCAGGGCCGGGGCAAGGUGUUGGAUGAUCUGGCUGCUAAGAAGGCUGGUUCUGCUUGA